AUGUCUGGGAGAGGAAAGGGCAGUGGGAAAGGUCGCGCCAAGGCGAAGUCUCGGUCGUCCCGGGCUGGCCUGCAGUUCCCGGUGGGCCGUGUUCACAGGAUCCUGAGAAAGGGUAACUAUGCUGAGCGUGUGGGUGCCGGAGCGCCGGUCUAUCUGGCUGCGGUGCUGGAGUAUCUGACGGCUGAAAUCCUGGAGCUGGCCGGCAACGCGGCCCGGGACAACAAGAAGACCCGCAUCAUCCCCAGGCACCUGCAGCUGGCCGUGCGCAACGACGAGGAGCUCAACAAGCUGCUGGGAGGGGUGACCAUCGCUCAGGACGGGGUGCUGCCUAAUAUCCAGGCCGUGCUGCUGCCCAAAAACCCGCCGCUGCUGGAUCUGCUAAAAAGUGAAGUGAUCAUUCUUGAAUCUGACAACCCAAAGGCUCUUUUAAGAGCCACUCACAGCAUCUGUGAAAGGAACUGAAUUCUCUGUCGGGUUGAAUUACUUUCCUUAUAAUGUGUAGAACCCUUGCCGUUUUACCUAACAUUGCUACAUUUCAAUCUUCUUGUUAUUGGAUAUUGUUACUGUCGGUGGCAGCAGAGGAAAAUUGUAAGAGUGUCUGGAUACUUUAUUCCUCAUUAGGGUCACUGCCUGAGUGACCUUUAUGUUUGAUCAAUGAGUCUAGAAUAGUGUCACGGAUGUUCCCGAUCGGGUUUGGCUUCACGUUUCCGUUAAUACAUCAAUAAGCUGAUUCCUCCCACUGUCUGCAGCGUUUCCCUCUUCAUUUCAUUCUCUGCUCGGUUCAUUCUUCCCUCCACCCCCUGAUGCACGUACACCUCACUAUUACAAA